AUGGCCAUGAACAACAAGAACUGGAACGACCGCGCAGACAAGGACCUGUUCUUUACUAUUUUGUCAGUGAAGAACAUUGGCGUCAUCAGCGGCGCAGAAUGGACCACCAUCGGUAACCACAUGCGCACGCUUGGCUAUGGCUUCACCAAUGAGGGCUGCCGGCAACACUUUCAGGGGCUGAGACGCGCGCAGAACAAGGCCGAGGCUAACGGCGUUGUCCCCGAGACUGCCAGGAGAGUCGACCCAACGCUGAACCCCAUCACCAGACGUCCCGGGCCGGGACGCGGCCGGCCGCGGAAGCAGCAGCAAGAAGGCGGACAGAACGCGCAGCCAGGCACGACGCAAGACCAUCCGCCGGUCCCUUUCCCAGGAGCACAGUACUAUGGGCACAUUUCAGACCAAGUCGCCGGCGAUGCGUCUCAAGGAGCGCCAGACCACCAUGACCAGUCGCCUGUCCUGAAUGCGGGUGGCGACAUGAUACAACCUGAAUCGGUAUCGGCCGCCGGGAUUGAGUCGUCAGUUCCUGCGCUGACGGCCGCGGCAGUCCACCCUGAUCACAUAUCCGGCGUCCACGAGGAGGGACCUGACGCCGAUGUAGACGCCGAUGGCGCCGAGAGCGCCGGCCACUUGGACCCCACGGAGCACGCUGUGCCAGGAGUUGAUGAGCACCCCGCCAAGCGCCAAAAGAUGGACGUUCCUGAGCCGGAACCGGAACCAGAGCACGAUCCCGCCCUCGAUGACGAGGCGGUGCUCGCUCUCGCAGCUCACAACGGCGCCGGUCCGGGCGACCAAUACGGCUCAGAAUUCGACAACUACGGCGAAGCCUAG